GAAAGCAUCAACAACACAAUACUCAUGGAUUCAUCGUCGAAGUCGCUACACCCACUUCACGAAAUCGCGAUGACUCCAACCCACAAGCUUCUGUUAAAACAAUGGCUGAAAGAAGAAGAACUGAUUCUGAAUCGAAUCGCUCUCAAAGAAACCCAAAUCGAUGCUACUCGAAAAGAACUAACUCAUCUCUACUGUUUCUUCUUCCUUUUCCAUUCGAUUUCUCUAAUCAUCCUCUUCAGCAGUUCAUCUUCAUCUUCUUCGUUCACGGGAUCGGGAUUCUGCAACAGAUCGUGGAUCCCGUCUCUGUGUUCGCUCCUCUGUUCUCUGGGGCUGAUCUGGGCCGUUCGUUAUAAGACGGAGGUCGAAUCGCAUCUCGAGAAGCUGCUGGAGAGGGAGAAAGAAGACGGGAAGUUAUUGGGGAAGUGUGUGGAGGAAUUGAAGAAGAAGGGAUUGGAGUUCGAUUUGUUGAAGGAAGUAGAUGCGCUUCGAAGAGCGAAGAGUUUGCGGGUUGAAAACAAAGGUGUGAAGAAAUGGUCAGCAAGGGAUUUUGUGACACUUUUCUUCUUUACUGUGUCUUGUUUGGUUCUUGCUCUUACGAGGGUUAUUCUCUGCAGCUGAUUUUACGAAACGGGUUAUCGAUUUGAGGGGUUUUCGUUUGAUAUCGGGUUCGAUUCGAUCUCAUUUGAUGUUGGUGUUUUGACAGAAACUGUUGGUUUCUGGGUACAUCUUUUUGUUUGAUUGCAAAAUAUGUAUACUAAGGAUCAGAUUCAGUUAGUAAUAAUGGAA